AGUAAAGCGAGAAAACCGAAGCAAAAAACUAGUUAGUGCAAGUAGCAAGUAGCAAGUAGCAAGCAGCAGCUCACUGUUAAAACGCCACUUCAAGAUCUACUCACAAAGGAAUUGAAGAUUUCCUGAUCUCCCCAGCAUUUUAGAGGAGGAUUGGGCUGCAAUCUUUGACAUUAGUGGUGAUUUAUCUUGUUGGUCAUUUGCUGCUCUUCUACUUCCAGAUGUCUAAGGAUGUGGAGAGUCCUGUAGUCAAUGGUCCUGAAGCCCCUGCUCUCUCCAGCGAAGCCCAAGUAACAUGGUAUAGUAGUUUACUCAAGCAAGUAUCUGUCUACGGAAUAGCAGCAGGAUACUGCAUUUCAGCUUCUCUUCUCUCCAUCAUCAAUAAAUGGGCUGUUAUGAAAUUUCCUUAUCCAGGGGCACUAACUGCUUUACAGUACCUGACAAGUGCAGCUGGUGUAUUCCUCUGUGGACGGCUCAAGGUCAUAGAGCAUGAUCCGCUGGACCUUCUGACCAUGUGGCGGUUCUUACCUGCAGCCAUUAUAUUUUACCUCUCUCUCUUCACCAACAGUGAGCUCCUCCUACAUGCUAAUGUAGACACUUUCGUUGUCUUCCGUUCAGUGGUUCCUAUGUUUGUUGCAAUAGGAGAGACCCUUUUCUUGCACCAGCCAUGGCCUUCAAUGAAGACAUGGAUCUCAUUGGCCACCAUUUUUGGUGGCAGUGUGCUUUAUGUUCUUACUGAUUACCAGUUCACAUUAACCGCCUAUACUUGGGCUGUUGCAUACCUGGUAAGCAUGUCCAUAGAUUUUGUUUACAUAAAGCAUGUGGUAAUGACUAUUGGUCUAAAUACCUGGGGUCUUGUGCUGUACAAUAAUCUUGAGGCUCUCCUACUGUUUCCGCUUGAGCUACUUAUAAUGGGGGAGUUGAAGAAAAUAAAGCACGAAAUCUCAGAUGAGUCUGACUGGUACUCUUUUCAAGUGAUUUUGCCUGUGGGUUUAUCAUGUUUAUUUGGGUUGGCCAUCUCCUUCUUUGGGUUCUCUUGCCGAAGGGCAAUUUCUGCUACAGGGUUCACUGUUCUUGGCAUAGUUAACAAGCUAUUGACAGUUGUGAUUAAUUUGGUUAUUUGGGACAAGCAUUCCACUUUUGUGGGGACAGUAGGGCUCUUGAUCUGUAUGAUAGGUGGGGUCAUGUAUCAGCAGUCUACAAGCAAUACGCCCAAAGCCGUGAAUGAAGCUACAGCCCAGGAGAGAGAGGAGGAACAACAGAAGUUACUUGAAAUGCAAAGCAACGGAGAGAGCAAUAACAAUGAAAAGGAAGUCAUUGAGAUAGAAGAGGAGAAGUGAAAGGGCUUAAAAUUGUUCCAUUCUGGGCUUUCCUCCAUCUGCAUAUGAAGAGCAUUUUUAAUUUUGGCAUGGUUGAUGAAUUCUUGGGGCAAUUUGUCAUCCAAACAACAAUCUCCAUACGCAUAGAAUACUUGCUUUGAAGAUCAGGCGCAGGUCUAAUAUAUAUAUGGCAUUUAAUCUGGUCAGUCUUCCAUCGCCCAAACUCAAAACUUGACCUGUUCAGAUCGAUACUUGAUUUCUAUUUCCCAUCCAACAAACUAGAGUGGAGAGAAUUUUGCAUUCUUUUGUUUAUAUUACUAUCAUGAACAUUCUAUUAACCCAAGCAAUUUCUCAUCAUCUUACUGGUGCCUUGGGUUAUAUAGAUAUAGGUCAAAAUACAUUAGUCACAUCAAGAUUAGAUUCGAACUUUGGUUGCUAACUAGUUUUCUCUUUAUAGGACCAUUAUUCAAUUUAUUGAUUGUUUGUUACCAUUUAGUGCCUCUUCAUAUUUAUAAAUAAAAAUAUUUAGUUGUUACCACAGUUAA